GAGUGAAUAUGUUGACCUUCGCCUUUGUGUGCUUCUCACUCUUCGUCACAGGCAUACAUGGUUUUCAAGUUACUGUUACUUCUCCAGUAAAAGUGAAAGAGAAUGAGGGAGUUGACUUGCAAUGUUCCUACACUUCUGACUUUGGAGCAACACCCAGAGUAGAAUGGAAGUUCAAGGAUCUCAAAGGCUCUCAGACAUUAGUCUACUUUGAUGGCAAGCCAACUGGUCAAUAUACAGGCCGUGUCACCAUGUACGAUAAAGGACUCCGAUUUAACAAAGUGACACGAGCAGACACUGGAGACUAUGACUGUGAGGUGUCUGGAAGUGGUGGAUAUGGAGAGAAUACCAUUAAACUCACAGUACUUGUUCCUCCCGCCAAGCCCGUAUCCAGAAUACCUUCCUCUGUCACAACAAGCAGUAAUGUCCGGCUGACUUGCUUUGACCCAGUUGGCUCUCCUCCAUCUACCUACAAGUGGUACAAAGACAACACCCCCCUCCCUGAGGACCCAACCAAAUUCCCCGCUUUUAAGAACCUUACUUACAAAAUGAAUGUUUUCAAUGGAAAUUUGGAGUUCCCGAGUGUGUCUAAGAUGGACACUGGCUCAUAUUUCUGUGAGGCCAGUAAUGGAGAAGGUGUCCCUCAGCGUGGUGAUGAAGUGAAGAUGGAAGUCCGUGAUCUGAAUGUUGGAGGCAUUGUUGCAGGGGUUAUUGUGGCAUUGCUGGCAGUAGGUUUGCUGCUCUUUGGUCUCUGGUAUGCCAGCAAAAAGGGAUAUCUGCCAAAAUUAUCUGAAACAAAACAGAAACCACAAGCUGUUUAUACACAGCCUCAGACAGAUGAUGUGGAUGAGGCUAACGGAUUCAGACAGAAAUCAUCUUUUGUGGUGUAGCCUGUGCUUAUCUGAAUGAAAUUCUGAUUGUUGCCUAGAUAAAAAAAAAAACGUCUGCAUAGGUUCAAGCACAUCAGGAUUUGUGUGUAUGUGAAAGGUGUGACUUAGAUCAUAGAAAUGUGCAGAAAGCUUUAAAACAUGCCAGGCAGAUUCAUUUUGCAUAUUGGCUUUUAGAAAUGUAAAAUCUGUGCAUCUCUCUUUUGCAGAAAUGAUUAGAAAUGUAAUUUAUUGAGGUACACGAGUAAUUUGUGAGUGGAAAACAAAUUUAAUAUGGUUUAAUAUUGAUCCUUUUGUUAAUGUAAUUUACUCUGAUUUGUUGCAUUGGUAUGGAUUAAAGUAUCCAUUUAAUGUGAUUCUGCACUAUGAGAUAAACUUUUUGUGUUCUCCAUUCAGGUAAAACAAUGCCCUUUGCCCUUCAUAUAAACAUUUGCUGUACAUUGCAGUCAUGAUAUGUUGUUCUUUUACUUCUGUUACUUUUUAUGAUGGUUUGCUCCGUGUUUUUGUG